AUGAGCUCCAGCAAUGACGCGGUGUUUCUGCGUCGUAACAACCAAAUCCAAGAUGCCAUUGACUCCCAGAAUAUGAAGCAGGCCUUACAGCUGAUUGAGAAGCGCAUGAAGAAAGGCGAGAACACUCAUUUCCUGAAGGCCUGGAAAGCGAAUGUUCUCUUCAACCAUGCGGAUGUGACACAUAAAAAGAAGGGAAUUGCAGAAACCCUCGAGCUGUGCAAGGCCGAUCCACCGAUCUCGGAUUUAGACUCUCUCGACAUACUCCACAGUACGCUGCGAAAUAUGGAUGACUAUACCGAGCUUCGGAGCGCUAUAUGGGAACGAGCAGCGAAGGCAAAGCCACAGGAUCGUGAUCUUCAGAUGAGGUGGUUCAAAUUCGGCUAUGAGGCUGGUGAUUGGAAGUCAGCCCAGAAAGCUGCAAUGAGUCUCCAAAAGAACUUUCCUCGGGAGCGAAAGUAUUAUUUUUGGGCCAUCUUCCUCUGUUACCUCGUUUCGGAUGACAAAUCUAGUUCGGACAUGGACCGCAAGUUGUUUGGGACACUUGCCUAUCGCCUUGCUCAGAAAGCAGUAGCCGAGGUUCCCUCUAACCCGACCGAAUUGCUAAGCCCUCCGAGAGCGAUACAAACCGCCGAGGAACUUCUCUUGGUUGUUCGAAUUCUCGAAUCACAGUCUCGUUGGGCAGAGAUUGUGCAGGUUCUCAAUAGUGAAAAUACUGGUCUCAGCUCUCGGAUUGUUAAUAACGACAGGACCUUCAUGUUAGCCAAAGUCACUAGCCUGGGGGCUGCCGAACUCUGGGAAGAGGGGCACUCAUACGUCAAAGGCCUGCUUACCGUGCCUGAAGACGAAGCAGAGCGCAAAACUUUGCAUGAGCGGGAUGAUUGGAAAUACUGGAACUUGCUCAUCCUAGCCGUGCGUCGUCUUGAAAAAAGUCCAGGGCUACUUUCCGAUACGCAGCAGCAUAUCGAGAAGUUCAUCGAAUUCAGCCCAAAGUCCCGCAACGCGCACAUCGCUAUUAUGGACAUAGUCCUAACCGGAUUCAAGCGGGGCGAGCGGACAGAGGAUGAUCUGGUUAUUGCGUGCCAAAGAUACUUUGACCAACACAAGCACAAACUCUAUGCUUUUAAAGACUUACGAGGGGUCUUGGAGACCCGUGAUGAUGCCUUGAUUCACCGAGUAGCCCAAAAUUGCUUGGACAGUGUCGAGGGGAAACCUGAUGAUGCCAUUCCAUUAAUCAAUGCGUACAAGCUGCAAUACUGCGACCGGAUUUCAGCCAAUAAAAACGUAUUGAAAUCCAGUAUCGAGACCCUUGUCCGCAAUUGCCUUUACUUCUACGAUGCAUUCACGCUUUUAGCAAAGACACAGGACAAAAAACAAGAAAGCCAACCAGAUACUGCUUCCGCGAUGGAAAGCCGACCCACAGAUGACUUCUGCAUCAUUGCCGCAAUGGCCCUUCUUCAGCCUAACACAGCUGGCCAAGCAUCUGAGAAAGUCAGUAACACUGCCCUGAUUCGCGCCGCCGGGAUUCUGGAACAUCUUUUAAUCGACUCACCUCAUAACUACGAGGCGAUUCUUAUGUUGAUUCGAAUCUAUCUUCUUCUCGGCGCUGGCUCUAUUGCUUUGAGGUGGUUUGGCAAGCUGUCUAUCAAGCAGAUGCAAUAUGAAAGUGUUGCUCAUAACCUCUUUACCCGCUUUGCCACCAUCCACCCUCAUCCCGCGCCUCUUAUAGAGGGCGGAGAAUACAAGGACUUUGACGCGCAAGUUGCAUUCAUUACCGCUCUCGACUUUUAUCGUCAUGCAAGCUUCACUAUCAAGAACUCUUUGAUAAAAGGACUUGAUGAUGGGACUUACGUGAAUCUAGAUGACACAAUUGAGCUUCAAAAACGUAUCAGGGACAGUAUCUGCCGGAGAAUGUGGGCACUGGACUUACGACGGAUGCAAAGAAUCCGCAAAGGAAACCACUUGGCCCUUCACGAGGAAAUCGCCCAGAAUACAUCACCGGCUCAAGACCAGCGGAAGUACGAUGGUUUCAUGGACCUAGAACGUUGUGGCAAACCUGCAUUUGAGCACCGACUGCGCGCAGGUCCGGUUCCUGGGGAAAAUUGGCUGGCGUCCGCCCGGCUUACUGAUCGACUUUUCAGUGUUCUUGAGAGCAUCGGCAGUCAGAAGCCAGUCGUCUUGGAGCCAGAGCUGCCUGACAUCGGCAAAUUAUCGCUCUCCCAGACUGAUGUUGAUCACACUGGUGCCGAGAUAGAUGCAGCCAAGAUUCACGUAGAAUUGUUGAAAGUGGCUAUGUUUAUGGCUGGAUCGAAGGCCCAUACUUCCACCGAAAUUGAGACUGUUCUUGGCGAGAUAGAGGAUUGGUUGAAGGCUAAGAAAGAGGAUCUAGCUCUGGAAGAUACUGGAAAUUCUCCCCUUAUCAUGAGGACGACCGUCCACUUCAGCCCAGGCACCCCAGGUGCACCGACAUGGGAAUAUUUCCAUACCAUUUGGACCCUCGUGGAGACCCUCAAGGCUCUAUGUAAUAUUUUCAACCUGAAUUCUCGAAAGGCUGUGAAGACCGCCAAACUCCCUGCCGAACAAAUGAACGGACUGAAUACUCUUGUUCGUGAAGUUUUCGAGGAUAUCCGUUUGAACACCCGAAGUCUGAAACAGAGCCUUAUUGAAUCAGCCACUCUCAGUACACUCAUUGAUAUGGUCAAGCGUGGGGAUACAACUGAUGAGUACGAGAAGCCGCUUCAAGAAGUCUUGGAAAAGGCGAUGGACGAGUCUGCGCUCGAAUUGUUCUGCGGAGAACUGAGAGAGAGCUGGGAGGAGGCACUUGACGGAGUGCUGGCUGCCAGGCUCUAA